CACAGCUGCGUGCUCCGGAAGUGACUGUGACGCUUGGCCCGUUGUGAUUACACCGGACUCAUUUAGAUAUCGUAGGAUGAUCUCUCUAUUUUAAGGACUCUCCAUGUUGAUGCCUAAGAAGAUGAUAAUCACACAGAUGAGGCACUUCUACCUGACCAGUCUUGGGCUUCUAUUCCUGAUUAAUAUUCUCCCUGGAACAGAUGGCCAAGGGGAAUCAAGACGACAAGAACCUGGGGAAUUUGUGAAGCAGGAUAUUGGCGGACUCUCUCCCAAGCAUGCCCCAGAUAUUCCUGAUGACAGCACUGACAACAUCACUAUCUUCACCAGAAUCUUAGAUCGUCUUCUGGAUGGCUAUGACAACCGGCUGCGACCUGGGCUUGGAGAUGCAGUGACUGAAGUGAAGACUGAUAUCUAUGUGACCAGUUUUGGCCCUGUGUCAGACACUGACAUGGAAUACACCAUUGAUGUAUUUUUUCGACAGACAUGGCAUGAUGAAAGAUUAAAAUUUGAUGGACCCAUGAAGAUCCUUCCACUGAACAACCUUCUGGCUAGUAAGAUCUGGACCCCUGACACCUUCUUUCACAAUGGCAAGAAAUCGGUGGCCCAUAACAUGACAACACCUAACAAGUUGCUCAGACUGGUGGACAAUGGAACCCUCCUCUACACAAUGAGGUUAACAAUUCAUGCUGAGUGUCCAAUGCAUUUGGAAGAUUUUCCCAUGGAUGUACAUGCCUGCCCACUGAAGUUUGGAAGUUAUGCAUAUACAACAGCUGAAGUGGUUUAUUCCUGGACUCUUGGGAAGAACAAAUCUGUGGAAGUAGCACAGGAUGGUUCUCGCCUAAAUCAGUAUGACUUGCUGGGCCAUGUUGUUGGGACAGAGAUCAUCCGCUCUAGUACAGGAGAAUAUGUCGUCAUGACAACCCACUUUCAUCUCAAGCGAAAAAUUGGCUACUUUGUGAUCCAGACCUACUUGCCAUGUAUCAUGACUGUCAUUCUGUCACAAGUGUCUUUCUGGCUCAACAGAGAGUCUGUUCCUGCCCGCACUGUCUUUGGUGUCACCACUGUUCUCACCAUGACCACUCUGAGUAUCAGUGCCAGAAACUCCUUACCUAAAGUGGCAUAUGCGACGGCCAUGGAUUGGUUCAUAGCCGUCUGUUAUGCCUUUGUAUUUUCUGCGCUGAUUGAAUUUGCCACUGUCAACUACUUCACCAAGCGAAGUUGGGCUUGGGAAGGCAAGAAGGUGCCAGAAUCCCUGGAGAUGAAAAAGAAAACACCAGCAGCCCCGACAAAGAAAACCAGCACUACCUUCAACAUCGUGGGGACCACCUAUCCCAUCAACCUGGCUAAGGACACUGAGUUCUCUACCAUCUCCAAGGGCACUGCUUCCAGUGCUUCCUCAACCCCAACAAUUAUUGCUUCACCCAAGACCACCUAUGUGCAGGACAUCCCAGCUGAGACCAAGACCUACAACAGUGUCAGCAAGGUUGACAAAAUUUCUCGCAUCAUCUUUCCUGUGCUCUUUGCCAUUUUCAAUCUGGUCUAUUGGGCCACAUAUGUCAACCGGGAGUCAGCUAUCAAGGGCAUGAUCCGCAAACAGUAGAUAGUGGCAGGGCAGCAACCAGAGCACAGUAUACCCCAGGACUGUGCA